GCUGCCAGCCUCGCCAUGCCGGGGGCGCGGCCGGCGGGGCUGCUGGUGGCGCUGCCCGCCCUGCUGGCGCUGGCCUUGGUCAGCUGGGGGCCUUGGCGGCCGCCGGGCUCCGAGACGCCGCCGGGCUUGCUGGGCGAGCUGGGCCGGCGGCGGCGGGACCUGAGCCGCUUGGCCGCCGCGGUCCAGGCUCAGGCGUGCGCCGCUCCUCCGGGACGCGCCUUGGGCUGCGCGGACCUGGAGGGCGCGACGGGCGUGCGCCCGCUGGCCUCCGGCAUCACCAAACGGGUCUCCCGGGCCCUGUUGCCGCCCGCCGGCGAGGAGGUGGCCCUGAAAGCCGUCCACGGCGCCGGUCUCGACGUGAGCCGCUGCGUGCAGCGCUACGGGCACCCGGCGGGCUGCCGCCGCCUCGCCGCUUACAAGCUGCUCAAGGAGAUGAGCCUCCUCCGGUGCCUGGACCAUCCCGGCGUCGUCAAGUUGCGGGGUCAAUGCUAUGAUACUAGUGUCAAUCCUGAAAUGAAGAUCACCACUAUAAUGGAACUGGGAACCCCCUUGGAGAUGAUUCAUCUUUUGCAGACCCCCUGGGAAAAGAGAUUUAAAAUUUGUCUGGAUCUUGUCGAAUUGCUCCAAUAUCUGGCAAAUUCUCCUCUGGGUUCCAUUGCCCUCCUGGAUUUCCAGCCCAGGCAGUUUGUGAUGGUGGAUGGCGUCCUGAAAGUGACCGACCUGGAUGACAUAAGCACUGAAGAAUUGUCGUGCCAGACAGAUAAGGACUGCGUGUUAGAAUUCCCCACAAAAAACUUUUCUCUCAAAUGUGCCGUGCACGGGAAGUGCGAAGGAAUCAAUGAGAGAAGAAAUCUCUUCAAUGCCUACCGGUAUUUUUUCAUGUAUCUUUUACCACACGCGGCGCCCCUAGUUUUACAACCCAUUCUGAAGGAUAUCCUAAAUGCCACAGGUGAUUUACGAUUCGGAGCAAAUGAAACGCUGAGAGCUUUUCAGAAAGUUUUGCAUUUGUACAAGUCUGGACUUUAUCUGCAGAAAAAGCCUUCUCAUUUAAAAGAAUAUAUUGCCUUAAAAGGAUUCCGUAGUGGGACUGUAGAGGACUACAGGUGCUGGCCGUCUUAUAGCCACUUGGGAUGCAUGUUGUCGGUUCAUAAUGCAGAAGAAGCUGCAGACAUUUGCUGUUCCCAUUCGCAGUGUCAACAUUUUAUCAUCACUCCCCAGAAGACGUGGACAGGACGUUCACUGGCUUUGUUUCAGAGCAGCUCGGCUGACUUAAUCCCAGGCAAUAACACGGUGGUUUAUGUUAAACGAUCCACAGUCUCAAGGGUAAAGCCUCUAACAAGUAGCCAGAAAGGGUACAGAGAUGUCAGAGAAGAAAUACCCACUGGGACUAAUUUCACCCCCUCCAAAGAGACGACACACUUCGUUUCUGCUUAAGCACAUGUUCUCCGUACCAUGAGGAUACGCUAUGGUGGUAUAGUUACUGUGUCAGACGACAACAGGGGAGACCAGCCACAUGUUCCCAGUCUUUGCUGCUUGCUGUUUGAUCUGAGCGUCGAUUGAAGUGUCAAAAAAAGACCGUGUCUGUAUAUUGCACUAUUGUUACUCAGCCACAUUGUCUUGUUCAUAUGGGAAAAAUCCAUUUGUCCAAAAUUUGAGCAUUCAAGAGUCAAAUCUUUAAGAUGGUAUUGGACCUGGAUCUUGCUCUACUAUUGCAGACCAGCAUGGCUACCUACCUGAAACAACCAGAUAAAGGUUUAUACACAACUGGGGAGCAGUUAUAUUUAAAAUCUAAGGCACAAUCCAGCUCAUUUUUAGUGUGGGAGCUGAGUGCAUGUUGAAACCUCUGCCGUUGAAAAUGAUUGGGGUUUUAAAGGGCUUACGUUUGACUAGAUCGUGUCCUGAUUUUCAAGUGAUACAGAAAUAGUGCGGGCACGGUGUGGUUGUCAGCAAAUGCUUUUGCCUACCUCCUCUUUUCGUGUAGUUUGGUGCAGUGCUUACUUGUUUGAGUCACGGAGAAAGAAGGUGGCUCAGUAUUAGAGCAUCUGCUUUGUAUGCAGGAGAUCCUCCGAUUCAAUCUUCAGCAAAAAGGAUUAAGUCGUAGGUGAUGUAAAAAGACCUCUCUGUGAGAUCCUGGAGAGUCUUUGCCAGUCAGAGGAGGCAGUACGGUCCUUGAUGGACCAGAGGUCUGAUUCAGUAUAAGUCACCUUCCUGUGUUCACCUGUUUUCCAGGACAUCGUGCUCUUUGCUUCUGGCACAGAGUGGUCCUGGGUCCUGAACUGUGGAAGGCUGAAUAAGCACAAUCUUGCCUUAGGGAAAGGGAUUGGACUUGCUCACCUGCUGGUAUUUUAUCAACAUUAAAAUUUUAUGCUGUAGCUGCAAAAAUAACCUGUGGAGGAAAAUAGAGACCUAUGAAAGUGGGUGCCAUUUUUAUGUGUAAAAUGGUAAGGACUCGGGAAGACCAAAAUACUUAGUUCAUUUCUCUCUAAGCACAUGCCAUUUUUGAGAAUUCUGCCAGGUAAUAUCUCAAAUGCAGCUGCAACUGAUAAUGGAGCAGUUCAAUUCUAGAAUUCUUGAAUUAGAGCAUUUGAAUGGGAUUGAGCAGGCAGGAUCAAGAGUCAAACCAAGAAAGAGAGACAAAGGUUUGUUUUGGGAUAUAAAAAUGCAGGGUUUGUGAUUUAAAAGUCCCAACUUUUAAAUGUUGGAUUUUUCAUGAUUUUGGAAGUCCUUGUAACAAUCUUAGAGAUUUGUCAAUGUUACUUUCAGUGAAAGAUAUUCUGCCAGGUGAAAUGCUCACAUAUUUAUGUGUAAAAACCUUGUGCUAUAAAGUGAUGGAUUUUUUUCACUAUGGAAAA